AUGCCGCAGAACAAGUCCAUCAUUGCUAAAGGCGUGCAGCAAGCCAAAAGCCCUGUUAUAGUGAAACGCAAAGAGAGUCUCUUCCCCGCUAUCCUCAACUUGGCCAGCAAUGCCCACAUCUCCACCAAUGCCACCUGCGGGGAGCAAGGGCCGGAGAUGUUCUGCAAGCUGGUGGAGCACGUCCCAGGACGGCCUCUGCGCAACGCCCAGUGCCGCGUCUGCGACCACAACAGCGCCAAUCCCAAAGAGCAACACCCGAUUUCUAGUGCAAUUGAUGGUACUAAUAACUGGUGGCAAAGUCCCAGCAUACAGAAUGGGAGGCAGUACCACUGGGUCACCAUCACCUUGGAUCUCAGGCAGGUCUUUCAAGUUGCAUAUGUCAUCAUCAAAGCUGCUAAUGCUCCACGACCUGGAAACUGGAUUUUGGAACGCUCCAUCGAUGGCACAGAGUUCAGACCUUGGCAAUACUAUGCAAUUAGUGACACAGAAUGUUUAACUCGCUAUAACAUUACCCCAAGAAUUGGGCCUCCUACGUACAAGAGAGAUGACGAGGUGAUCUGCACCUCUUACUAUUCCAGACUAGUUCCCCUGGAGCAUGGAGAGAUUCACACGUCGUUGAUCAAUGGCAGGCCAAGUGCUGACGAUCCUUCACAAAAGCUUCUGGAGUUUACUUCUGCACGGUACAUCCGCCUACGCCUGCAGCGUAUUAGAACCCUUAACGCUGACCUUAUGACUCUGAGCCAUCAUGAUCCUAAAGAACUAGAUCCCAUUGUCACCAGAAGGUACUACUAUUCAAUAAAGGACAUCUCUGUUGGUGGCAUGUGCAUUUGUUACGGCCAUGCUCGAAGCUGCCCACUGGAUGAAAUCACAAAGAAAUUGCAAUGUCAAUGUGAACACAACACAUGUGGUGAGAGUUGUAAUAAGUGCUGUCCUGGGUACCAUCAGAAACCAUGGAGACCAGGAACCAUUUCUGCUGGGAACAAAUGUGAGAAGUGCAACUGUCAUAACAAAGCAGAAGAUUGUUAUUACAACCAGAGUAUUGCGGAUCAGAAAAGAAGCAUAAAUAUUCAUGGCCAGUAUAUAGGAGGUGGCGUCUGUUUAAACUGUACUCAACACACAACCGGUAUCAACUGUGAAAUGUGUGCUGAUGGAUAUUUUAGACCACACAAAAUUUCUCCCUAUGAGGAUCACCCGUGCUACCCCUGCGGCUGUGACCCCGUGGGGUCUCUGAGUCCCCACUGUGUGAAGGACGAGCACCAUUCUGACGCACAGCGUGGUAAGGGAGCAUUUUCUCUUAAGCUAGUGGCCAGUAGCCACUUUUCUCUGGCUAAUGUCUCUGGGCAUCGAGACCUGGGGGAGCGACGUCUUGGACUUGGCCAGGUCAGUGUGAAUGCAGAGAAGGUUACACAGGAGAAAAAUGCGAUCGUUGUGCAUUUGGGUAUCGGGGCUACCCUGACUGCCUGCGAUGUAACUGCAGCCUGGUUGGUAGCAUUAAUGAAGAUCCGUGCACAGAACCUUGUCUUUGCAAAAAUGCCCAGACAGGUUUGCUUCAUGGUGAACCCCACCACUAGUCCCCUGACAGACUGGAGCAGGGAGCUUUGUAGGCUGAACAGUAGCCACCUCUUUGAUGUUGUGGUAGGGUUUCCUCAGAGUGGAAACUGGAGGGAAAAUGUAGAAGGUGAAAACUGUGACCACUGCAAACCGGGAUUCUACAAUUUGCAAGAAAGAAAUCCUCAGGGCUGCACAGAGUGUUUCUGCUUUGGGGUUUCCGAUGUCUGCGACAGCCUUACGUGGCCCAUCAGUCAGGCAUCAGAUAUGACUGGGUGGCUGGUUACUGAUCUGUACAACACAAAGAGCGUGCAGCCUCAGCGAAGCCAGUUUGAUGGACCCCGUCAAAUCAGUAUCAACAACACAGAGGCGGUCAAAGUACUGAAACAGACUUAUUACUGGUCAGCCCCCGAGCCAUAUCUGGGAAAUAAACUGACAGCUUUUGGUGGAGAUUUGAAAUAUACAGUAUCUUAUGAUAUUCCAAUGGAGAGUGUGGACAGUGAUAUAGUAUCUAGCGUGGAUGUCAUCAUUCAGGGCAAUGGGCAGAUUUUGAGCACAAGAGCAGCAGGCUUGUCCUUGCAGCCGUAUGAGGAGUAUUCCAAUACUGUGAGAUUUGUAUCGGAGAAUUUCAUAGACUUCAAUACAAACAAGGCUGUGGAUCGGGAAAGGUUGAUGACUGUUUUAGUAAAUGUAACCCAUCUUCUGAUCAGGGCCAACUACAAUAUUGCCAAAAAAGCUGUGUACAGGCUGGACUCUGUGACCCUGGAUACCGCAAGCGCCAAUGUCAUAGACCUCUCUUCAGCCCCAGAUGUGGAAUUCUGUGAAUGCCCCCAAGGCUACACAGGAAUCUCCUGUGAGUCCUGUCUCCCUGGGUACUACCGUGUGGAUGGAAUACUCUUUGGAGGUAUUUGUCAACCCUGCAAAUGCAAUGGGCAUGCAACUGAAUGUGAUAUUCAUGGUGUUUGCUUUGCUUGUCAGCACAACACGACCGGUCCUUUCUGUGAUGAGUGCUUGCCUGGUUUCUAUGGCCGUGCAUCCCAAGGAACUGCCGAGGACUGCCAGCCCUGUGCCUGUCCUCUGAGCAAUGCUGCAAACAAUUUCAGUCCUACUUGCCUGCUGAGUGAAGGAGGUGAAAUUGUCUGUGACAAAUGUCUUCCAGGCUAUACUGGCUCUCAGUGUGAAAGAUGUGCUAACGGUUACUAUGGGAAUCCUCUGGAGCCCGGGCAGUCGUGUGUUCCCUGCGAAUGCAAUGGCAAUGUCAACCCUCAGGAGGAUGGCCACUGUGACAGUGUCACGGGACAGUGCUUGAAGUGUGUGGGGAACACUGGGGGUGACCACUGCGAGAGAUGUGCUGAUGGGUACUAUGGGGAUGCACUAGUUGAGAAAAACUGCCGUGGGACUCAGCCUAGAGCAGAUGUGGUGGAAGGCAGCUCAGGGGAGAGGGGAUCCGUUUAG